AUGUGGACACUAUACAUGGUUUUAUUAUGUUGGAUCCCACUGGGAUGCACAGCUGAUUACCUUAUCAACCAAGUGGUGCGAGAAUCAAGUUCAUCAAUGCUUGUAAUACGUCAGGAUCUUUGCCCGCAGAACUGGCUCCAGCAGCUGCUUGUGGAACCUCCAGUGCCAGUGGUGCUACAAUCCCUGACCAAUUCCACGCCCACUGCGGUAUAUUUUUCGCGAGUGCUUCAUUUAGUCUGCUUUCGAAGCAUGGAUGUUCCGGAGGAGCAACUGACGACAGUGCUGCAAAGCAUUCGCAGGGAGAGAAGCAUCUUUUAUGUGGCCUCUGGGAUAUCCAAGUCCACAUCUCAUAGGCUGCUGCAGUUGCUCCUGAGGCAAUGCUAUAGACUUAGGAUACUGCAGGUGAUUGGUCUGCUGGCAGAGGAUGAGGGACGCUUCUAUUACCGUUACAGACCAUAUCCAGAGUUUGAAGUGGAGCAGCAUUUGGCAGAGAAGAGACCGUUUUAUGUGGAACAGUUUCCCAAUAUGCAUCGCAAGCCAUUGAUUGUAUUGCCGGACCAGAAGCAUCCACGUACCAUCAUCUACACGGAUUGGCGUACAGGCUCUCAGGUGCUUGCUGGUUCGGUGGGUCGCUUUAUGCGAACCUUGGCCUGGAAGUUGAAUGCCACAUUGCAGUAUCCGGAGCAGGUCAAAAAAGGUCAGAUUCUGCAUUCACGAGAAUUGAUGACGAUGGUUGAAGAGCUCCAUGUCGAUGUGCCCGCUGGCCUGGUUUCCCUUCUCAGCCCGGAACAGCUGCCACAUAUUAGUUAUCCAUUCGAGUUGAGUCACAUCUGUCUAAUGAUUCCUCUUGCUCAGCCUAUUCCCAUUCGGGACAUCUACCUCAUCCUAUGCAAUCCCCAGCACAUACUCAUUGCUCUGGUCAUUGUCUGUUGCUUUGGCUGGUUGCUCAGCUUGCACAGGCAUCUCAGCGGACAGGACACGAAUCUGGUGGAUUUUCUACUCAACGAUGUCGCAUUACGAGGACUCCUGGGGCAAUCCUUUGGCCAGCACUUACAGACCAGUGUCUACAGUAACUGGAUCUAUCUGCUGCUCGGAUUUCUGGGCCUUAAUCUCAGCUCUAUCCAUGAAGCGGCUCUGGGCACUCUCCUGACACAUCCGCCCAAGCAUUUUCAGCCUCGCAGCUUUGCGGAUGUGCAACGUGUUCGUCUACCACUUGUUCUGGAUGCCGCUGAUCUCCCAGAUGAUAGUCAGCCUAGGUUCCUUUCUGUGCCCCUGCUAGCCGUCAGUACAAGCGAACUCAAUCGUCUUAGGGACAACAUGAACAUGAGCCAUGUCUACUUCGCCUCCCGCCUCAAAUGGACCUUGUUGAGCGCACAGCAAAAGUAUUUUCCCCAGGAGGUCUUUCUCUACUCCAUGGACGCCUGCGUUAGCGCUCUCAGUCUCAUGACUUUCCAGCUUCCGAACAACUCUUGGUUCGAAGAGCCCAUCAGCAGACUUACUUUGGAUGCCAGAGCCACGGGUCUUUUCCAGCAUUGGGCUGAAAUGCAUUUCUAUGACAUGGCAGCUGCUGGUUUGAUCUCCUUCAGUGAUCCAAUUAACCGCCAAACUCAGCGAAUUGGUGGCUCUCUGCGACUGGAGGAUCUGCACUGGAUUGGGAUUGGCUAUGGAGUUCUUUUAACGAUUGCCUUGACUGUAUUUGGUCUGGAAAAGAUCUUAAAAGUUUCAGAAGGUAAAAAGAAGAAAUUUCCUGGUCAAUUCUAA